UUUAAAAUCUUAAUUUGCAUAAAUUUUAGGAUACAAUUUAGAUAAAUAUGAAAGGAACGGAACGUUAUUGACAGACCCGCCAUAACGUUUUUAUUUCAAUACUUUACUUUCUUGUUAUCCUCGAUGCUUGAAAGUGCUCUGAAACGAUUCUCUUGUGAUUUUAUACGCCUGUGCUUGCCCUGGACCCCGAUAAAUCUGUUUUUAUGUGAAUAGUAUGGUGUACUCAACGGACUCUGAUUUGCUGCUUGGAUUGGUUAUUUGUGACAAUGGUUCGAAACAGUGCGAUGUGUUGUGUACCUAAUUGCGGUAAAACGCGAUUAGAUAAUGUGAUUCUUCACAAAUUUCCCUGUCCAAUUAAUGAGGCUGACCGGUUUCGUACUUGGAUUUACUCUGUUAGUGGAGAUGUGUUAUCUUUGGAUAAUCAAUUUAUUCAUAAGUACCGAAAAGUGUGUCAUGUUCACUUUGAGGAAAAAUUUAUUAAUCGAAGCGGAAGACUCAGCGCUAUUGCAGUUCCAACACUACAUUUAAAAGGAAUGGCUACGCAAACCGCAUCGGUGCAAAUUGCAAGCAAUUUCCAACAACCGUUGCAAGAUGAUCAUGUACCCCGAGCCCCAUUGAUGAACAUCACGAAUCAGUACAAUGCAGGUGGUGACGACACUUCUCGGCCCUCAACUUCAGGGAUGGCUACGCCAACCGCAUCGCUGAAAAUUGCAAGCAAUUUACAAGAACCAUUGCACGAUGUACUAGUGGAGUCAAUAUAA